AUGCUCAAAUUUAGCAGAACAUUCACGACAUUCAGCAGACUUUCAUCAAGAGCUGUUUCCAACAGGGUAAUUAUCCCUCCAAAAGCGUUGACUGAUCUUGGACAACCUACUCUCAAAUCGUUAAGGAGCGAAUACAAGCAACUACCGGAGAAUUCCAAUUUCAUCGACAAGUUUUACACCGAGUUGCAGAAAUUCCACGAUGAGUUCUUGGUGCCUCGUUUGAACAAGCAUUACACGGAUUUCGAUGAGAACCCUGAUGAUUUGGUGUUUGAAUUAGAGAAAUACAUAGAAUUACACAUUAUCCCUUCACACUCUGUGCGCACUCAGAAAUCGGAUCUGAUGGCUCAGGGUAUUAAUUUGCCAAUGGUCUACUGUGAGACCUUGGGUGACAAGAUGGUUAUCGAAAGGUUCAUCGAGUUCUGUCGGAGUGUCAGAUACACUUUGCGUCUGAACGGUGGCCACAGUUUCAUCUUUGAUAUCAUGUUGCAAAGCAACUCUGUGUUCCAGGAUUUCGAGAAGAGCAAAUACCAGCAGACGAAAGAGCAGUAA